GUCUUCUUAUUUUCUUUUAUUUAAUUUGUUUUGUUUUUACUAUCUUAUCAAAUGGACCUUGUAAAGUCUCUUCCACUGCACUUACAAAAUCUAAAAAGAAUUUUCUUUAAAUCCGUAGAAUCUGUGCGUCCAGCUAAUCUUUUCGAUCGAAAUAAAUAUGCUCUGCAGCCGAAACUCGAUGACAACAAACGAGUGGUUAUCCGAAUCCAAAGCAAAACAUUCGAUAUAACCCGGAAGCGAUGUCAUGUCGUUGGCUUUGGCAAGGCAGUCCUAGGGAUGGCAGUUCAACUGGAGAAGUCUCUGGACAAACGAUUGGUGUCGGGAAUAUUGAGCAUUCCCAUUGGGACACAAGAGCAAUUCAAAGAAGACCCCAAUAUGCAGCUAGCAAGUGAAUCGAAGAUACAAGUCUUCGAAGGAGCCCCGAACAAUCAGCCAGACCAGGUGGCUCUGGAGGCAGCUAAGAGUAUCAAAGAACUGGCUCAUCGAAUGGGUGAGAAUGACAUUCUAUUUGUUCUCAUAUCUGGAGGUGGAUCAGCCCUCCUGCCGUUGCCAAAGGCUCCCAUUGAACUGGAACAAAAGCAAACAUUGAUAAAAAGGUUGUCGCUACAAGGUGCUUCCAUCGAUGAGAUGAAUAUCGUGCGAAUAGCGCUCUCGGAGGUGAAAGGAGGUCGCCUGGCUGUAGCUGCCAAGAACGCUUUCGCUGUGAUAUCAUUUGUAAUCAGUGACAUUGUCAAUGAUCCAGUUGACUUAAUAGCCAGUGGACCCACCAGCCCUAUUCGUACUAGAAAGUUCAGAGCCUAUGAAAUCCUCAUGAAAUACCACCUCUGGCAGGAUGUACCCAAUGAGGUGCAAGAUCUGCUUCAAAACGAAGAGAAUCCAGAGGCGCCUGGGUUGAACAACACAAUCUACAUUGUUGGCGACAACAAAGUGGCGACAGAGAAAAGUGUCAGUGAGAGUGUGUCACUCGGCUAUAAUCCGUUCAUUCUGAGUACAUCCAUUCAGGGUUCCAUUGAAGAAGUUAUCGCACUCUACAAACUUCUGCUAGAAUCCCUUAGAAAAUACCAAAAAGAAGAAAUAACAGAAGACGAUUUCCAGGAGCUCUUUCCUUUCGAUUGUAGAAUAUUCAAACAUUUCAUCAAAACAGUUCAGAUGAGCAUGAAAGCAGGUAAGCCUUUGUUGUUGAUCCUCGCUGGCGAACCAACAGUUCAUGUGACUGGCUCCGGAGUGGGCGGUCGAAAUCAGGAACUAGCCAUGAGAAUGUCGCUGGAAUUUUUCACAAACCCUCUUCUUCGCGAUGUUUGUUUCCUCAGUGCAGGGACAGAUGGAAUAGAUGGUCCGUGUCCUGCAGCAGGGGCAUUAGGUUGUAGUUUAGUUGUGGAAGAGUUCCUUAAGACGAAAGAGAUGCAGGCUUUCGAGAGUUACUUGGGACAAAAUGAUUCAUAUAAUUUUUACAAGGAUCUUUGCGGUGGAGGGUUCCAUGUGGUAACUGGCCAUACGGGGACAAAUGUUAUGGAUUUGCAUUUUAUUUUAAUUCCAUAAUUUUUAGCAGUGUUAAGAGUCAAUAAAGGAAUAUUUGUAUGGAAACAUUUUA